AUGGAUGCUAACAAUAUUUCUCCUGCCAAACUAAAUCCUCGAGGAAAAUUUGUUGGUACUGGUCAGAAGGCAAUGAUUAUCAAUUUGUACAAAGAUAAAAUGAAAAUACAAGCAGAAAACCCUGAGAGUCCCCGAUUAAGCUACAAGGAAAUGAUACAGGAAAUAUCAAAGGCAUGCGGUAUUGGACGACGAACAAUCAUUACGACUCUGUCGGAGUACAAAAAACAAGGAACCGUGACAUCCCCCAACAAAAAAAAACGUAGAUUAACGGUUGAUGAAAAAGUAGAUGAUUUUGAUAAAAACGCCAUUAGGCAAAAAGUACACAGUUUUUGGAUAAAACGUGAAAUUCCUACUCUUUCAAAAAUGUUUAUGGCAGUUAAUGAAGAUGAAAGUCUGCCAGAUUUUAAACGUUCUUCAUUUCAUAAAUUGUUAAGGAGCAUGAAUUUUGUAUAUCAAAAAAAAACAGGAAUGUCAAUAUAG